AUGGCCUGGGGAAGCGCGAAAGUUCCUAAACCCCCUGCACCUCCCAAGUCAGCCAUUGCCAAGCUCGUCCCUCUCAUUAUCCUCUUUGGAGUCCUGGGAGGCCUGGCAUUUGUCGGGUACCACAUCUACCUCUCGAUCAUGCAGAUCUCCGAUGCCGCCUCGAAGAAGAUGGAAAAGAAGAACGUUGUCUUCACAAAGGACGGCAUGAAAGUGGGCGUGAAAGAGAUCAGAAACGACGAUUACGUUGACCAGACGCAGAGCGUCCUCGUCAAAGCGUGGAACCUGAGUACCUGGCCCGGCUACAAAUCCAAGAUCUGGAACAAGGAGAAGGACGAGGGAAAGACGAAUUAA